AUGUGGAGGGGAAUUGAAGAUUACAUGGGUGACAUGGACUUCAAAAUUUCCGGAACGAAAACAGGAAUCACGGCCUUACAGGCGGACAUAAAAAUUCCAGGCCUGCCACUCAAAAUUGUAAUGGAGGCUCUCACCCAGGCAUCAAAAGCCAAAAGUCAAAUUAGACAACUUAUGCACGAGGCGAUUUCAGAACCAAGAGUCACCAAAAAAGACAACAUGCCAGUUACCCAGUCUCUCGAAGUUCCGCUUCAUCAGCGUGGAAAGUUUAUGGGUGUAGCGGGUGGAAAUUUGAAGAAAAUUCUUUUCGAAACUGGAGUACAGGUAAACGCACAAGACGAAACGCAUUACACGCUUUUCGCGCCAAAUCAAACAGCAAUGAACGAAGCUGAUGAGAUGAUAAGAAAUCUUCUGGAGCAGGAACGAGAACCGAGUUUGGAAUUCGGAGGAAUUUACACUGCAAAAAUAGUCGAAGUUCGCGAGAGUGGAGUGAUGGUGACGUUAUUUCCAUCUAUGGUCCCUACUUUAUUGCACAAUACACAACUAGACAUGCGCUUAGUUCGACAUCCUAGUGCUCUUGGCCUCGAAGUCGGUCAGGAAAUUCAAAUCAAAUAUUUCGGCAGGGAUCCAGCUUCAGGACAAAUGCGACUUUCCAGGAAAGUUUUGCAACCAGCGUCAUCCGUUGUUCGAAAUUUGUCGUAGUCUCUUUAGUAGUUAGGUCAAUUCACUUUUUAAUUCUCUUAUUCAUUUUGAGUUGCAUGAAUAUUCUCGAAAUGGGGUUGUUGCAUAUUUUCAAACAUAUAUUUUUUUUUGCUGGCGAAAUUAAAAGGGCACUAAAAAUAUAAUAAAAUUGCUUGAGGAAAGUUUUCUAAAGUAAGUUUGAAGAUAUAUAUAUAUUUUUUUUAUAAAGUAUACUUUUUAAAUUUUUCGCGGGAAAAUGAGACAUUCUGAGUGGUUUAGCGUUUUAUAGGAUGCGACGUUUCAAGAUCAGAGAGUUCUUUGAAUAUGAGUUUCGAUACUUUUUUCAAAAUAUUUCUUUUUCAGGUCUGUAGUAUUCAAACCUUUUUUUUUCAAUUUUCUAAAAUUUUUCGAAUCUUAAGAGCAUGUGACACAGCUAA